GUCCGGGAGGAGAUAAACAUGCAUUCCAUCGCGCUUCUGCUGAUCGCUGCCGCCUUCGGCACGCGGAUUGCGGCUGUCCCUCGUCACCCCAUCAUUCAAGAGGGAGACGACGUAAUUGUGAAUAUAGAGGACGGAGCUCUGAGGGGCGUAGUGGCCACAUCAUUGAACGGCGUUCUCUACAACAAGUUCCUGGGAAUACCGUACGCCACACCACCUCUGGGAGAUCUCCGAUUCCGCGCCCCACAACCGGCAGCCUCCUGGUCCGGGGUUCGAGACGCGCUGUCCUUCGCGGACGCUUGCGCUCAGCCCCUCUUUUUCGGCCUGAUACCUAUCACUACCGGCUCCGAAGACUGUCUCUACCUCAACGUCUACGCGCCGGCUGCGGUGAGUGGUCCUUACCCCGUCAUGGUCUACAUCCACGGUGGAGCCUUCAAGGGCGGUAGUUCUUCGAGUUCAACUCCGCACAACUUCGUGGAGAAGGGCGUUGUGCUAGUCACAAUCGCCUACCGUCUCGGAGCCCUUGGUUUCCUGAGCCUGUUGAACGACGACAUCCCGGGCAAUGCGGGUUUCAAGGACCAGGUGCUGGCGCUACAGUGGGUGCAGAGGAACAUCGCGGCCUUUGGCGGAGAUCCUAGCAGCGUUGUCAUAUUUGGGGAAAGUGCAGGUGGCGGCUCCACGUCACAUCUUUUCCUCUCACCGGCCACCAAGGGACUCUUCAGUGGAGUGAGCAUGGAGAGUGGGGUAGCAACGACACCCUGGGCGCUGACAGACAAACCCCGCGAGAGGGCGUACCGGAUGGCGGAGGCGCUCGGCUUCCAGGCGCAGGGCGACGACCACACUGACGACGACGACGCGCGGCUGGCUGCCUUCCUUCGCGCCGCCAACUACACAGACCUCACCGAUGACGACUCUAUCGCACUCACGGAUUUCGAGAAGCGCUGUCCACUCCCGCUGGCAUUCCUGCCCGUCGUGGAGCCGCCGUCGGACUCAGCGGUGAUCGUCGAGCCUCCAGCGGACGUUCUCAAGGCAGGCAGCUACAACCAGGUGCCCAUCAUGCUGGGCGUCACUUCCGGAGAAGGGGCCGUCGUACUCAUGUUGUCCAAUCUGCUAACACAAGCGGGGAUCGCCGACAUGAAGGAGAACUUCACGGCGCUGGUCGGCUCCCAGCUGCCGCUGCCCACGGAGGAACAGCGGACUCGUGCGGCGGAACAACUGGAGCAAUUCUACUUUGGGGACGAGGGCUUCUCUAUGGCCCAGAUGCAAGCUGUUAUUGAUCUGUUUUCCGACUUGUACUUCAUACAUCCAGCGGACUCCUUCGCUAGGGCCGUAGCUAACUCCAGCAAUCUACCUAUUCACUUCUAUUACUUCGGGUACAAUGGAACCGGAUCUUCAGAUUACGGUAUGGUUCAUGCAGGGGAACUUCUGUAUCUGUUUCCGACCAACUCAUCGGGACCAAUCACGAAUCCUAACUCCAACGACGGGAAGGUGGCAAGUCAGUUGGCAACACUGUGGACCAAUUUCCCCAAAUACGGGGAUCCAGCGCCGUCUGGAAGUCCAGUGGUGUGGGAAAAGUUGACGGAGAAUGCUUCCAACUAUCUGGAUAUGGAAUUGGAAUUUGUGACACGUCAAGACUUGCUUAAGGAACGGAUGGAUUUCUGGAGGAGUAUACUAUCUUCUUGAUGAUAUGUAUGUUGUAAUACUCUUUGUCAUACAAUACACAGUGCAAAAUAAAC